AUGGCAGCGGAAGACGACGUCGUGGUGGAGGCGCCCUACUGCGUCGUGUGUCGCCGCUCGAGCGCCGGCAAGUGGCGCAAGCACGUAUUCUCCCGCAGCCACCAGCAUGCAGCGCAGCAGUUCUUUCUGCACCAAGUGACCCGGCUCCAAGCCGUCCUCAACGCGACAAACGCGUCAGAAUGGCGGCGCUGUGUCUUCUGCGACGUCGCGUUGGGUACAGCCGACGCACCGGCGCAUUUCGGCGGUGAUGCGCAUAGGAAGCAGGUGGAAGCGUUCUGCCGCCACCACCGCUGCGAUGCGGACCGCCAGAUGAGGCCCCAGCUCUGUCUGAACGCAGCCCAGCGUCGAGAGCAGCUUGAGGUGGCGCAUGCCGCGAGAGAAGCAGACGCUGUGGAGGAGACCCCCGCUGACGAAGUGCCUACUCGGAAACAACAGGAGGCACUUUUGGGGCCGCUGGGCACCGGAGCAAGUCGAUGCAAGACGCUCACUUCGUCGGAAGGAGUGCUGCAGAACCCUCUCGGUCGCCAUGAGGGCAAGCGCGUUUGGGGUGGCGGGAUGGUUACGCUUCGAAAGAGAGAAUGGAUACCCUGGGCAAUCGAUCAACUCGUCAAGGAAGAGCAGGCCGAUCAUCCAGAGUUCCAACAGACUGGAGCUGACUACGCUCCAUUCGCCCAUCGAGUGACCGAACUGGCAAAGGGUGAAGGACUGAGCUCCAUCUCGUCGGUGACGUGGGGCGCUAGUGUGGGUAAUGUCCACACGGCAGCUGUACCGCCCUGGAUGGUGCAAACCGAAGAAGAAUACAAGCAGUGCAACCGAAGAGAGCAGGAGACCCCAUCACCGGCACUACUGACACUAAAAAACGAUAAAGUAGAAGUGAAAGAGAAGAAAAGGAGAGACAUUUUCUCGAAACUACAAGCGAAAUCCGAGUGUGGUCCAGACUGGCUGCCGAAUUUUGGCGGCGUCUGGCAGGAAGGACCUCGCUCCAAGACCAAGCAAGCGUUCAGGAAAGCGACAGAUGCAGCAAAAAAACCACAUCCGAAAGCAUAUAAUCCUUUGAAGACUGCCAAGAAACAGUUGCUGUUGGCUCAGAAAGAACGUCUGCGUGCCAAGAUGGCAGCAAGAAGACGACAGUAA